AUGAGCAGUGUUCAUUGCGACGAUGGCUUUUCGGACCACCAAAUUUCCCAGGAAACACGACGAUCACUUCGCAUAGAGCAGUUCUCUCCCAUCCGACGGGAAAAGGUCGAGACUUGGUUUGAAGGCCCAAGCAGAUUCUGCUUAUCACCCGACGCAGACGGCGAAGUUGAGGACUGGGUCGACGAGAUUCCGGACGGACAUGAGACUCCCGAAACGCAUCCUGACGUGGGCCACUUACUCAGUAGUAUCCCCGGCGCAUGGAUAGGCCCUUUCACGAUUGCAAGUAAUGGGGACGUCGAAACGUACAGCAGUGGUGCGCAUGACGAUGAAGAGCUCGGAGUUCGAAGGACACACAAAUCUGCAACUCACGACAAGGGCGUCGCGUCUGUCGUCGACCACACCCAAAACCAAGUGUCGGUCCUCUUAAUAAUUGCCUGCGUCUCGACAUGCGUCCUAUUCAUCAGCAACCCUCGUCAGUUCCUCGACCUUGUCCUCCUAUGUCUUCUUUUCGCAUCAUUCCCUCACUUCGCCCGCCACUCGACAUAUUGCCUGCUUAUUGCCAUCACUUUCCCGGAUUUGAAAGUCAAACUCAAGUGUGCGAUGGUUUUCGGCUGCUUGGCCUUAUGCGAAAGAAUUGACUUAUUGGAUGCUGGGAGAGGGUGA